AAAUUUUGGACAGUUAAAAAUCGUUGAAGAUGAGAAGCUGAUAAACACAAAAAGGGGAACAAGAGGUGGCUGUGGAUUUUUUUUGCAAUCUCAUCAGAGAUCAGUCACUCUCAACCUCAAGGGUCUCUCUCUCUCUAUUCAGAUUUCAGAUGCAAAACCCUACUUAGCAUUUAUUACAUUUUUUUUUUCUACAUUUGCAUAAAGAACCCAUCAAAUAAAUAAAAAAAAGAAAGGAACUUUACAUGGUCUUUAUUCGUAGUCCCCCUUCUGCUUAGUGAUAGGUCUUUCUCUUCCAAAUUGGUUGGAAUUAGGAACUGAAGGACGAGCAAGUGGUGAAAAGUGAUGAUUUUUCAUUCAUCACAAGCUAUGAAUUCUCCAAUUCACGCUCCUUCAUCUCCUUCCUCUUCUUCUUGCUCUUAUAUUCGCUGUCCUCCUCCAUGCUUCACACAUGCUUCUCGCAAUUUCAAGUUUCCUCUGUUGUUGCCACAGGCAAUCUGCAUCUCCCAAAAGAUGUAUCGCUGUUCUGGAGGCCAAGCGGAGACUUCAACUACCGCUAACCCCUUGAAGAAUUACACCAUGGGAAGAUGUUCGCCAGGAUGGUCUGAAGCACAACCCUUUAUUUCCAAGCAAUCACUCAGGCGGCACUUGUUGCCGGUUGAUGCUUUAGUUACUCCAACAGCUCAAGAUGUUUCUGAUUCUGGUACACCUCUUGUUGGUGAUGAUAAGAUUGGAGUGUUAUUGUUAAACCUUGGAGGACCAGAGACUCUAGAUGAUGUGCAGCCUUUUCUGUUUAACCUUUUUGCUGAUCCUGAUAUUAUACGAUUGCCAAGGUUAUUUAGUUUUCUUCAAAAACCGCUAGCCCAAUUUGUCUCUGUGGUACGAGCACCAAAGAGCAAAGAAGGCUAUGCUUCAAUUGGUGGUGGAUCUCCUCUUAGACGUAUGACUGAUGAACAGGCAGAAGAGUUAAGGAAAUCUCUUUGGGUCAAGAAUGUCCCAGCCAAAGUUUAUGUCGGGAUGCGUUACUGGCAUCCAUUUACUGAAGAAGCAAUUGAACAGAUUAAAAGGGAUGGCAUUACAAAGCUUGUUGUGCUUCCCCUUUAUCCACAAUUUUCAAUAUCAACUAGCGGUUCAAGUCUGCGUCUCUUGGAGAGUAUAUUCCGCGAGGAUGAGUAUCUAGUCAACAUGCAGCAUACAGUAAUACCUUCAUGGUACCAACGUGAAGGAUACAUAAAGGCCAUGGCAAAUUUAAUUGAAAAUGAGCUGAAAACUUUUGACCAUCCUGAGGAGGUCAUGAUAUUCUUUAGUGCACAUGGGGUGCCUCUUGCUUAUGUGGAAGAGGCUGGUGAUCCAUACAAAGCUGAAAUGGAGGAAUGUGUGGAUUUAAUCAUGGAAGAGCUUGAGAAAAGAAAGAUAACAAAUCAAUACACCCUUGCUUAUCAGAGUAGAGUUGGACCUGUGGAAUGGUUAAAACCCUAUACAGAUGACACAAUAGUUGAACUUGGGAAAAAGGGCGUAAAAAGUCUGCUAGCUGUACCAAUAAGCUUUGUUAGUGAGCAUAUUGAAACACUAGAAGAAAUUGAUGUUGAGUACAAAGAACUUGCUCUAAGUUCUGGUAUAGAAAAAUGGGGUCGAGUUCCUGCUCUGGGAUGUGAACCCACCUUCAUUUCGGAUUUGGCGGAUGCUGUAAUUGAGAGUUUGCCAUAUGUUGGGGCGAUGGCAGUCUCAAACCUCGAAGCACGACAGUCAUUAGUUCCAUUGGGCAGCGUAGAAGAGUUGUUGGCAGCAUAUGACUCGCAACGUAGGGAGUUGCCACCACCAGUAUUGGUGUGGGAAUGGGGUUGGACUAAAAGUGCCGAAACUUGGAAUGGAAGAGCAGCUAUGCUGGCAGUGCUGCUUCUAUUAUUUUUAGAAGUCACUACUGGUGAAGGAUUUCUGCACCAGUGGGGAAUAUUGCCCCUGUUUAGGUGAAUUACGAAAUAAAUGAGUGAAUAUGAAAUUCCUGCCCUGCCCUCAGAGGCAAUGGAACCUAGUUUUUGCUUAUAUGUAUAUGCAUAACCGUUAGCAUCACAUAUGCUACUUAGAAUCUAAGGCAUAAAUUCCGGAGUCAUCAAAUAUAGUUUAGAUACAAGCAUAUGUGAAUGGUAACGGGAGACCAAAAAACAAAUGUAUAGUGAUAUGGAUUGUAUACGAAGCAGAAUGUAUGUAUUAAAGCAACUUGACUUGGAAAUCUACUCUAGAGGAUUCUUCUUCAGAAACGGUUAUUUUCAUUCAUAACCAAUUUCUGCUGAACUUAUUAUUAUGAAAUACUGUUAUAUUA